UGGCUCAUACGCUCGUGUUGAUGAGACAUCAGUAGUUGCCGAUUCUGUGCUGACAGACUUAUUGCGAAGAUACGUGGAAAGGAAUGUCGCCUUCGCUAGAAAGGAGCUCCUUUACCCAAAGCACAAACAACGGUAUCCCUGCAUGUGACAUCAAAUCGACUGCCUUCUGGCACGUAGGCCGCCCACUAGGGGGAACCAGUGACCACAAGAGAAUCUGUCGAAAUCUACGUAGACACGCAGCCAUGUUGCUCUCCCGUGCGGCGACGGGACGUGCGUAUUCGUGUGCAGCUGGUCUGGUGGGGCAGCGCCAGCUUCCGUCUACUUAAGUGACGUUCAGGUUGGGUGAGAAAGACAAAAAAGUAAGGUUGAACUUCAGCCGCUUUGACUUUUCGGUCAAAAGUAGAGAUCAGUGUGUCCUCCAUGCGAUCAUCUGCGAUAUCAACACUUGUACUUUUUCGGAUCAAAGGAACUCAUUGUCCCCUCUCUCUCUGUCAUCGAAAUCGACUCAGCAAACUUCUGCUGAGUGCACGUCGGUGGGAGCGAAGGCGCGGUCAUCUGUACUCUCUGCGAUAUUUCGACCCACCUGCGACCCUUUUUCUGGAGAGCAAUUGUUUAAUGACAUGAAAACGCUCCACUAGUCAUUCUCCGGGAGCAGACGCUGAAACCAGAUCGGGUGCUCCUGCCUUCUGCAAAUGCCGUUGUUCUCGUCGUCCCCGGAGUUGUCAGCAUGAAGGCUGUUGCACUCAGAGGCUUUUGGCUCACCAUCCUCCUGGGAGUCUUCAUACCGCGCACCGCAUCUAAAUCAAGUGGGCUGACCUCCGCUGCUCCGGAUUUCACCGUCACAAUUCCCAAAGAAGGACUUCCAGCCGAUCGUCAGGAAGUCUUCUCCCUCCGGCCGUCUGGGAUUCUUCGUGUCAUCGACGAGACAGGUGAAGCCGUCUAUAUGCCCCAGGCGACCGCUGACUCUGACUCUUCUUCUGUGGAUCCCUCUAAAGAGACGCUCAAAGCCUCUGACGCGGUUUCAACACAAACCUAUGGUGACGCGUACGCAUUCGUGAACGGAAAAUGCGACUUCAGGGAGACAAUCAAGUACAAAGACACAUUUGCCGGGUACACAGCGCCAUUGUGGGUUCGUGUUACCUCUGAUGCGUCGAUGACACCAGAAACGUCGUCGAGCGCGGUUGUCAACUACACAUUCACGAAUCCUCCUAAAGAGUAUUUGAGUGAGGUGGUGAGUUUCUGCGUGAUUUUCAAGACACGCUUGGCUUCUGGAUCAACAUCGUCAUCGCCUGCAGUGACAAAGCCGACGGAGCCAUCAGGCGCGGCGCCACAGUCCACCAGCGCCACGCUAUCAGUGCCUGCAGCAGAACAGAAUACAUCGCAACAUUAUGGUGAUUCAGGAACUGGUCAUGAAUCAGUUCCCGAAGGGAAACCUGAUCUUGGAAAAGAUGACAAAGUGAAUAAGGAGAUACAUGGACCGAAGGGUGGACCCGGUCCGACGGGUCCAGUGGUUCCCCUACAAAAGGAACCGGGGCAAUCCCCAGACACGCCGGGCCCUCUUACCCCACACGACGGCACGGCAUCUCCCAAGAGAAAAACAGAGGAGGACAACGGAAAGUCUGGAGUAGCACCAAAACAACCAGUCCCCGUAAAACCUGCUGCUACAAAGCCAUCAACCACAAGACAUCCCUAUGCUAGCGAAUCACCCUCUGACAGAGCAGCCCACCCUGCGGACGACGAUCGCGGCUAUAGCAUUAGUGGAAGCAAAUACCAUAAGCAAGGUGGUGACGAAAAAAGUGUACGCGACAGUGAAGUCGCCGCGACAGGUCCUGGGGAGCAUUUGCAUGUGGAGCAGGACAGACGCAAGGGCGACGACGUCGCACAUAACGCUGAAGAGGAAGCAGCCUCUGAGGCAGCCAGUAAGGGAGGGAGCAUGGUAAACGAUGAGGUACAAGGGGGAAAGCUGGGCAACGACGACCACCCUGAAUCUGCAGAGACGAGUUUGCAGGGGGGACACAGAAACAUACUCCAGGAAGAACACGUUGAUUCUAAGGAUCCGGCUGAAAUCGAGAAGGCACACACGAGGAGGCUUUCUGACACAGUCACUCCGGAAAGUGCACACCUGACCAUCGUCAUACACUCUGCUGCGUGGGGUCUUGCAGGUGGGCGGGCAGCAAUCCCGGCUUUCGUUCUUUCCUGUGCAGCUGCACUGUUCUCCACAUUGUAGAUGUGUGGCGCAGCAGCACAUUGAUGGCAGACCAGAAGUGACCUCAGGCAGCCCAGAAAGCAAAAACAACGAGAUUAUGCGCCGUUGAGAGUUACGAGGGAAUGAAUGAGUGUUCAGAGUAUAAUGCUUUGGCGUUUGAUCGUGUUACUCAACUUUGUUUCUGCCAAUGUCAACUUUGAGGAAACAGUGUCAUCCCGAAGCGACGUGUCUAGCGCAGGAGAAUUACGGGUUGUAAUGACGUUUUUCCAAUGACGAUUCAUAUGAAUGCACAACGCUCG